AUGCAAUCAAUACUACCAACUGGUUCAGCAACGCACCAUCUAAAUCUAAACCUAACCCCAGAUCUACAAACCCGUCGCCCAUACACCCUCCUCAUAGCCAUCUCCACACCACCACCAAACUCCCCAACAAUCAUCAGCUACUGGGGUCCACCGUCCAGCCCCUCACGCUCGCACAUGCAACUGCAAACGCCACUAACAGUCGCCCAAGUGCAAUUAAUCGCUUCCUACGACUUCGGCCUCGUACACAUCCAAGCUAGCGAAAGUAUCUGUCUGGCAAACUUCCUCCACUGUCAACUUGAAUCUCUGCAAACGUCAUCGCACGAUGCACAGAUGGUAUCGAAGCUCGUCGCGCAUUUACACAGCCUAAACGCCGGUUCUGGUUCUGACGAUACUGUCAAAGUAAACAUCCUAACCAUCACCGUCCUCGGCGACAAGAGCGAAACCGACAAUCUAACCCCCCAAGACCGUAAACUACUCUGGAAAUGGGCGAAACCCCAAAGUGAAUACCGAGAAAAAGGCUUCUGGAACCAUAGUUUGACACAAGUGCUUGAGAAUGCGGAGUGGAAUGCUGGCAAGGGAGUUUUGGUGUUUGUCAAGGCGGUAGAGGAGGAGGAGUAUGAGAGGGUAGUCAAGGGGGAGAUGAAGAUGUGA